CUCAGAUUACUACUCACAAACAAGGCAAAAAUGGCAACACAAGCGCUCGUCUCAUCAUCUCUUACCUACUCAGUGGAGACCGCUAGGCAGAUUCUUGGAGCCAAACCCCAAAUUGGGUCUUCAAGGAAAGGAUCCUUUGUUGUCAAGGCAGCUUCCACUCCCCCCGUUAAGCAAGGAGCUGUUAGACCCUUGUGGUUUGCAUCUAAACAAAGCCUUACAUACUUGGACGGCAGUCUUCCAGGCGAUUAUGGAUUUGAUCCACUGGGGCUCUCGGACCCCGAAGGCACAGGAGGGUUCAUCGAGCCAAAAUGGCUAGCCUACGGCGAGAUCAUCAACGGGCGUUACGCAAUGUUGGGUGCAGUCGGUGCUAUUGCACCUGAAAUACUCGGGAAAGCCGGUCUCAUCCCAGCAGAAACAGCACUCCCUUGGUUUAAAACAGGCGUGAUCCCACCGGCCGGAACAUACGACUAUUGGGCGGACCCUUACACAUUGUUCGUGUUCGAGAUGGCACUCAUGGGAUUCGCCGAGCACCGGCGUUUCCAAGAUUGGUACAACCCGGGUUCCAUGGGGAAACAAUACUUCUUAGGAUUCGAGAAGUACCUUGGAGGGUCCGGUGAGCCGGCGUACCCCGGUGGACCGAUCUUUAACCCGCUCGGUUUUGGGAAAGACGAGAAGUCGUUGAAGGAUCUGAAGCUGAAAGAGGUGAAGAAUGGGAGAUUGGCUAUGUUGGCGAUCGUGGGGUACUUCAUACAAGGUCUGGUGACGGGCGUAGGGCCGUAUCAGAACUUGUUGGAUCACUUGGCUGACCCUUUCAACAACAACAUCUUGACUAACCUCAAGUUCCAUUAGAUGAAAGUGGCCUGCCUGCUUAGUUUCCAUGGAGCUACCCUCCAUUUCCAAAUCUCUUUAUUGAUCUCAUUAUAACAUGUGUAAAUUUAUUAUGUAAUCCGUCCGAAAGAACUGAAAUAGACUUUUAUUAAUGCCUCUGAAA